AUGGCCGACUACAGGUGUCCGAUGAUAACAAUCGGUAUCAUUCACAUCAUUGAUGGGUUGUUGAUUCCGGCCGGAAUCACCGGAAUAAUUGCGAGCAGUGGCAACAGUCGUAGAGCGGUGAAUGUAUGUAUAUGGUUCAACAGCUUUGGGUUCGCAGCUGCAGGCGCAAUCAUCACCUUUGCUGCCAUCAUCACCUCCACCAAUAUAGUAACCGACAGUGACGCUGGAGCUAUAGGAGCAGCAAUUGCCACCGUUCUACUCGGUGUUCUGGAGAUGAUUCUUUGUUGCAUUGCGGGUACGUUCUCCUCGCGCAUCCUCCGCGGAAUUGUCGCAAUGGAGGCUGCUACUGUGACUUACAGUGGUGAUGGGGUAGCCAACCCAGGAAUGCAGAACCCGGAAGCACAAGUCCAAAUACAGUACCCAGCUCAGCCACCUCAGGGCCAGUACCCAGGCGCCCCAGACCAGGGGCAGUACCCAGGCCCACCGGCCCAGGGGCAGUACCCAGGCCCACCGGCCCAGGGGCAGUACCCAGGCCCACAGGCCCAGGGGCAGUACCCAGGUGCACCGGCCCAGGGGCAGUACCCAAGCGCCCCGGUCCAGUACCCAGCAACCGAAGAGCAGAAGUACUAAGCACCGUGUUAUGCGCCCUGCUGGGCCCAAUUUCAUAUAUAGAGCUAUAGCCGACAAUAUUGCUAGGUAAAUUUAUGUAGCUGAGUAAAAAUCAACAAAGAACCAAUCACAGGCUACUUUAAUACUUUUUAUGAUAUAGUUUUGCGGGUAACCUUUUUUGGCUAAGUAUUUUUCUAAGCUCAUAACAA